GAGAUGGGGAAGUGGCGCAGGAGGGCGUACAGUACCUGUGUCGAGACUCGCGCACACACAGCACAGCGACUAUCACAGCUGAGUUCAUUCCGCGUCUGCGCUCUGUCUCGCGCUACUUGGCUUUACACUAACUACUAGACGACUUUAAGGCGUUUUUGGGCGAUUUGUGACCAAAGACAUUUCGAGUGAAGUGCUUGAGGGAAAGAGAUCCAUUUUAUUUUCGGGUGAAGAAGAGUAAAACAGCAGCAUUUGUGCAUACCAGAGGAAACGGUCUUAAGAGACGGCGUUAUUGACUUCCUGCUCCCUUGAGAGGAGGGGUGAGCGGCAGUCUCGUGGUACUCACCCCUCCUGGUCAGACUGCUGAUGCUGAAGAUGUUGACCAAUAGUGCAUGGCUGCUAUUCCUGCUGUUGGGGUGUGCUGUGUCCACUCUGUGGGGUUACCCAUUCAGACCCCCGCUAGACCUGGAUGUGACCCCCAGAACUACGGUCCUCUUCAACGGGCUGUUGGGCCUGAGGCGAUUCAGAGGCUCGACACUGAACUACAGUUUAUUGCUACUGGAGGAGGAGGCAGGCCUGUUGUACGUGGGAGCGAGAGGGGCUUUAUAUGCCCUGCAGGCUAGUGACAUCUCCAGCAGCUCUCUGCAGACUAUUGACUGGGAGGCAUCAGAUGAUCAGAAACAGCAAUGCUUGAACAAAGGGAAAGAUAACAAGACAGAGUGCUUCAACCACAUACGAUUCCUACAGAGGUUCAACAGCACACACUUGUACACGUGUGGCACGCAUGCUUUCAGCCCUCUGUGUGCAUACAUUGAUGGGAGGGAGUUUAAGAUCUCGUCAGCCUUCGAGGAGGGUCGAGAGAAAUGUCCAUAUGACCCCACCAAAGGCUACACUGGCCUGUUAAUUGAUCAGCAGAUGUACACGGCAUCUCAGUAUGAGUUCCGGAGCUUUCCUGACAUCCGACGCAACUCUCCCAAUCCCACAUUGAGAACAGAAGAGGCUCCAACUCAAUGGUUACAGGAGGCUGAUUUUGUGGGCUCAGCGCUGGUGAGGAAGAGUGUGAGUGGCUCAGUGGGAGAUGAAGAUAAGAUUUACUUCUUCUUCACUGAGAAGAGUCAAGAGCUCAGUCCAUACUUUAGUCACAGCAGGGUGGCACGGGUCGCCCGUGUGUGUAAGAGAGACAGAGGAGGUCUCCUCACGCUACAGAAGAAGUGGACCUCCUUCCUGAAGGCCCGUCUGGUGUGUUCUCUACCUGACUAUGAAUUUCACUUCAACGUGUUGCGGAGUGUGUUUUUUCUGGAGGGCUCUGGCCCUCAGGACUCUGUAUUCUAUGGCAUAUUUGGUCUGGAAUGGAAAAACGUAAAGGCGUCUGCGAUCUGCCAGUACUCCAUUCUGGAUAUCCAGUGGGCCUUUGAGGGACCUUAUAUGGAGAGCAAAGAGGACUCCAGCUCCAAAUGGACCCAGUACACAGGGAAGGUGCCCGAACCACGACCCGGCUCGUGCAUCACAGAUCAACUUCGAGCAAAAGGCAUCAACUCAUCCACCAACCUGCCAGACGAUGUCCUUCACUUUGUCCGUCGCCAUCCGCUCAUGUACAGGCAGAUCCUUCCUCAAAAACAGCGCCCCCUGCUGUUUAGGAGGAAUGUGGACUACACCAAAAUUGCAGUACAUAGAGUGAUAGGUCUAGACAAUCAGAUAUACCACGUGCUCUUUAUUGGGACAGAUGAAGGUUGGAUGCAAAAGGCUGUGAAGAUUAAUGGUCAGCUGCACAUAAUUGAGGAGCUACAGCUGUUUGAGGAACCCCAGCCAGUGGAAAGUAUAAUCAUCUCUGAGAAACAGAUGAGUGUGUAUGUGGGUUCGCCCACCUCAGUGGUGCAGUUGCCCUUGUCCACAUGCAGCAGAUACUCCUCAUGCUUUGACUGUGUAAUGGCGCGUGAUCCCUUCUGUGCUUGGGAUGGACUGGAGUGUGUGGAGAUUACAUCACACAACAGAAGAGCCAAUCUGACACAGGACAUUCUGAAUGGAAACCAGGGCUGUGAUGAAUCCACAGAAGAUGACCAAGUUUUACACCGCUCUCGCUCUGUGAUGGCGGGUGAUGAUGUGCUGCUUCAGUGUGAGCUCAGCUCCAAUCUGGCAACCCCUGAGUGGAUGUUAAAUGGAAAGGAACUGCCGGGUUAUGGACUGGACUCUGGUUACCGCGUCGGCACUGACGGCCUCCUGGUCAUCGAGGCACGGCCUUUCCAAAGCGGCAACUACUGCUGCUUUGCCCUGGAGAAUGGUGUCCAUGUUCCUGUGGUGAUCUACAACUUGACAGUCCGCCAGGACCUUCUCGCACCUCCUCCCAUUAAGCCAACAAAGCCACGCUUGACUACAGCGAACUACUGGACUAUUCAAACUUCCCCAAGUGACUCCCCGGAGGACUUCCAUCCGACCCCAGUGUCUCCUCACUUCGAGUUCCUGUCUAUGAGGAACAUGAAGGUCAUGUACCUGUCCCUAAUCACUAUCCUAGGAGCCCUAUGUUUUGUUCUAACAGUUGUCCUGCUUUAUGUGGGGUUCUGUUUGCAAGGUCGGAGGGGUAAAUACUCUUUACGGGCCGCAGCUCGCAACGAAAGAAAGCGAGGUGCCCACUUGGAGCUGAAGACCAUCUCCAGCAACUGCAACGGGAAACCGGACACUCACGACGGCCUGCUGCAGAUCGUCCCUGGAGAAGCAACAACGUCCCCCAACAAAGAGCUUCCUCCUGCGCCACCUCCCCCACCGCCUCCAGAAUCAGAGUACGUCAAUGGACUCUCUGCCACUUUACCAAGCGUCUUACGCAAGAUGAAUGGCAACAGCUAUGUAUUGCUGAGACAGACAGAUGGAGACACCACGUCUCCGCUUUAUUACUCCUUCACAGAGGAGCUCAACAGGAUCCUGGAGAAGAGGAAGCACACGCAGCUGUGCAGUAAACCUGAUGAGAGCUCGGUGUGAAAUGCGUUUGAACUGCUCAAGUGUUCAAGGGCAGUGUCGUGGUCUAUUACCCCUUCUUCACCCAGACUAACUUUAAUGGAAUGCUAAUGAGUAGCCACAGCUGCUUUUAUUGGAAGAUAAACAAAGCAUUGGUAUUCCUCUAAAAGGAAUGAAAUCCCUCUCCGUUUACAUUUCAAAUGUAGAGCUUGUGACUUUCAACAGACUGAGGAAAGCCCACUGGUCACAAAUAGCAAAGAAUGGACACAUACAAUGGAAAUUCUACCUCAGCAAACCGUAUCGCACAGCUUAUUUCAGCAUGCUUGCAUUAAAUUCAAGUUGGAGUUGGGGAUGAAUAGUUGGGGACACACAGCAAAGGAACCUUCACAGCAAAAGAGCCCAUCUGGGGGAAUCAAGUAAAUGAUUCAGUUACAAACCAGUUGGAAAAAACAUUUACAAGGCAGCACUGUAAAAAAGCAACAAGAUGAACUCAAAUGGAGGUAUUUGCAGCAGGAUGAAGCAAAUUGUGCAAAACUCUAUUGAUUGUCAAAGACUGAAUGUCUUUGAUAUGUCCUUUAUUUUAAUAUUUUCUAAUUUAUGCCAACACUGACCUUAUCAGUAAAAGCUAGAAAUAAUAAGCAUAAUUAAAAAAUAGCAGGGAUAACAGACUUUAAAAACCAUUAGAAAUGCACUUGAUGGUACUAAUAGUGUAAAUAUAGCAAUUAUUGAUAUUUUCACAGGGUUGGGAACCCAGGAAGAUGACAGUAUUAACCGCCGCGAUGCACUUUUUGGACCGGUGGCAUUUGUUUUCCAUCAGGUGCUGCCUAUUAUGACAGAUCUGGAGAAGAUGAAAUGGAUUACAAGGACAGGACCUUUGCAAUAGAUGUGAAAGCGACAAUAUGAAUUGACUCUGAAUGCGAGAGGGAAGACUAUGUGCACAGUAUCUGUUUAACCCUGAGCAAUGGACCCCUAAAUGUGUCUGGAUAUGUUUGACUUAAGAUCUGUUAUGUCUCAGAUCUGUAUGCCUCUUGUAGUACGAUAAGUCCACAUGCACAAGAACUGACAUGAUUCCUUUGUCGGAAUCCUUCAUCGGAAUUCCGGAGUCAUUGGCUGCUAGGUCUCCAUGACAACCACAGAGCAGAGGUAAAGCUGAUGCUGACCUUCUUAGAUUUAUCCUUUUGACAUGACCAAUUAUUACAGCACCUCUUACAGUCAGGUCAUACAGUCUUAACAGGGAUUAGCGAAUUAGCGCAGCGUCUUGAAAUUGGGCUUCUGCUGCCAGUAAAUAAACUAAAUUCAGUUCUAGUCGGGACAUGAUGAACAAUGAGUAUUGUGACAUGGUGAUAUUGGGGGGAUUAAUUAUCCCCUACACUUCCAGUAAGUCCAUUAAACUGUUGUGUAAAUGUUCGUCUUGGAACUGCUCCAACUGCUCCGACUGCCCACACUUGCGUGCAAGAGCAUUUUAGCGUAUCUCCCACUACUUAAGGGGAGCGAAGCAUAUGGUUCUGUCUGUUUAGAUCAGAAUAUGCAGAUUGCAAUGGAGCCAAGUGGAGAACAUUAAAGCCACAUGUUCAGAAGAGAGCUAAGAUGAGCACUGCUGAUAAUACAGUUCUCUUUCCUUAUGCUUUGUGUUCAGAUCGUAUUGUUUCCGAUUUGUUAAGUAGAGUUGGACUUAUUUUAUUCUGAUGCACUCUAAGAAUUAAAUUAACGUCAUUAUUUAAAUUAAUCCUCAUGUCAUUAUAAACCUGUAUCUUGUUAUUUUUACACGAAAUAAGACAUUUUGAAGUAUCUUUCUGUGGCUCUUUCUAUGCAAUGAAACUUUGUAACUUUGUUGUGACUAAAAAGGAUCAAAUACACUUACAAAAAAUUCUUCCUCAGAAUAUUUGUCUUGUUUUCCAGUAGAAAUAUCUAAACAUUAUUAAAUUAAGGAAGCAAAAUGCAAAAUGGCAUACAAUUAAGUGAAUUUAUGCUUAAAACAAUAAUUUUUUUUUGUAAUAAUGUUCUGAUAUUUCUACUAGAAAACAAGAUGAAAAUACUAAGUAAGAAAAAAAAAAUUCUGUGUAGACAUACAACUCGUAUUUCAACUAUUUUAAAGAAGGAUUCAAACAUUAUGUGAGCAGACCUUUCAUGAUGAAUAUAGCACACAAGUCAUAUGGACAAAUUUUAUUGUGCCUUUAUUAAUUUUUUGAGCUUGACCUUUUUUAUUUCUGACAAAUCCGCAUGCAUACACCUCCAUCAUGGUGUCUAAUGACAGCAGAACAGAUCUGCAUACACAUCUGACCUCCACUCUCCCAGAGGUUCACAAUCUGUGAUUAGAUGCUUGUCCUCAUGCAGCUCCCAUAUGGUCUGUUCCAAAUGGUCUGUUCCAAAUGUUUACAUCCCUUGAGUCAUAUACAGUAUUCCUAUGAGAAAGGCACUGCAGAUUGUUCUAACAUGCCAGGACAGGUUUGUGGAUGAGAAAUAUUCCGUCUGCUGUCUGCAUUCAAAGUGAAUUUAAAGUGCACUAGAGAGAAUGGGAUCGACUUAGAAAGAUCAAAAGAGAGUCUAGAGAAUGCAUUGAAAUAGAUUGAGAAAUGGUCAUUAAGCCUUUUAGUCUCAUUUAGAGCAACUACACAGAGCCCUCAGCAGCGCUGUGUCUGAUUCCAGAUUCAGAAAUGGCAUAUUAAUGUGGCUAAAUUGCCAUUGGUUCUCCUGGGUGUAGUAGCUUAACACAAUGCAUUAAUUUCGGCUGGUUUUUCGCAUAUUCCAUGGCUUCAGAAGACUUAAUGUACCACAUAAAUAGUCAUAUCACCACUUUUAUUUUUAUUUUUUUAUGUUGUGUAAUGGCAAGAACUGCAUAAUGAUUUUAGUUUUAGCAAAUAAUUGCAGCAUAAAGGUUUUGAAUGACAUGAGAGAGAGACAGAAUAAUGAAAGGAUUCCAAUUUCUGGGUAAACUAACGAAACACAGAACAUUUAGGCUCAGAAAUUUGAGGUUUGUUUUGUUUUGUUUUUUUGACAGAGACCACAGUCUAUAGAUAUAGAUAUUAUAAGACAUUUCAGUCCUUGCAAACAAUAUAUCUGCGGCGUAAUCCAUAACGCAUAAUGGAGUCGUUGUUGAGGUUUAUGGGAGAAUUGUUAUAGAUUGAGUGUGUUACAUUUCUAUUGUUUAUUGUACUAAGCCAUUCGCCAUUUUCAAUAUUAAUACUUAAUGAAAAAUUAAAGAGGUUAAUGCCCUGUAAAGAUGACCGGAAGAGACAUAUGCUUAAUUAGUCCCCUCUGUCAUGCAUAUUUAUUCCAGUAUACAAUAUAAAUGAAAAAUGUUUAUUUUAUAGCUUUGUACAGUUUUGUGUAGAUUUAUUUUCGUAUUGUUUCGAACUUGGCUUUUCUAAAUUGUGGUCGGUUAAUGGUGCAUGAAUAUGCAUUUUUGAGAACUUAGAAGUUUUGAAAACCAAAAAAGAUAUGAUAUAUAUAUAAAAACAUAAUAUAAACGUGAUGCUGAUAAUAAUAAUAGAAAUAAAAAUUUAACCCAAAUGACUCCAAUACAGCAUGUGCUCAUUCCAUUUCCAUUACUACAGUAUUGAAAUUGUUUCCAGUUGUAUAUGUGCUGUCACACCACAUUCCAACCAAGAUGGUAUGCUUCCUAUUUCUUAUUUUGUGUUCAGAAAAUAUUGUUAAACCUCCUGCAGAGCCGACCAUGUCUCAGAGUCACUUCAGUGCACAGUUGUAUGCCUCUUCAGUCGUGGGUAGCAUUGUGUGGGCUGCCUCUGGAACUGCAUUUAAUGAAGCUGGUUAGACCUGUGCCUGUCACCAUGGUGAAAAACACCAUAGAAUUAUUAUCAAUUCGCUUCAUGUUUAAUUCUCUACCGCUCUCUCCAUGCAACAAACAUUCUCGAAUAUCCUGAUCAAUGUUUACAUUUUACUGAGUAAACUCUUUUAAUAAACAGUAUUGAUGCUUC